CCUAUUUGAAAUGGGGAAGUGACUUCUGAAAACAAUGGUGCAGUAACUGGUGAAGAAAUAAGUGAUCCGCGGUAGAGUGAUAAUUAUAAAUGUUCCAUACGCUAUCAUUUAGUGACUCCCUGUUCUUGGCAUCAAAAUGAGGCUAAAGGUGCAUGUAUGGGCGUGGGUGGUGGUCAGUGUGUCGGGCGUGGGUGUGGGCGUGGAGGCGCGGCACAGGCACGAGCAGAAGAUGACAGAUGGAGAGGUGUCUGUACGAGACCGACCAGACCUCUGUUGCGGGAGUUUCAUGCCUCAAGUUGAUAAAACUUCCACCCAAGAUUCCUCCAGAGUAGCUGCCGCUUACGAGUCCUCCCUCAACACCUCCCCUUCUAAUAUCCACGCUUACCCUGGCCCAGUUUUCAACGUUAAAAAUGAAGCAAGAACUCUCGAAAUACGACAGAUCAUUGGAGUGAAAAAGAGUAGGGAUCAGCAUAACUUUAGUGAUGUCUCUGACAACUGGAGGAGGAGGUCACAGAACGAGAGGCCAGGAUUCACCUCCAGGAAGCACCAGAGUGCGCACACUGCUUAUAAGGUACUCGGUACACAGAAUAGUGCGUGGAUCCCAGUCUCUCGCCAGCGACCACCACUGAAGGCAGCAGAUCGUCACGAGGCCAGGCACAGGUUCAGGAGUGACGUGCUUUCUUCAGGACACAACUCCGUAGACACCUACACGUCAGGCGGGCUCAGAGGCACUGUGGCGCACUCGGAGAGAGGAGAUGCAGCUCGUACCUACCACAGAGGAAGUCAAGCACAUCCCGGGAGACCUCGCACCAACACGUUUGACAACAGUAACAAUGGCAAAGAACGAUCAGAAGCAACAGGAGGGAGACCGACACAUCGUAUGAACCACAAGAAUUCUGAGACGUCGAAGAAAACCUAUCGAGGAUCGAGCAGUAGUGUCUUUCAGAACCCUCGGGGAAAUCAUCAAAUUAGGGAGUUAUACAGAGGGAAUUCCGAAGCCUCGCCUGCGAUAUCCUCUUUAGCUUACCAUAGAAGACUGGGCAGCUACAAGCAGGCAAAUAUGGCAACGUCCAAGAGCUAUCUAGCAGAUUCUCCAAAUUCUCAUUACACAGGAGAGUCCCCAGGAACCUCUGCAAGUAGGGAUCAUAGCAGCAGUCAAGACUUAGAUAGUGAACGUUCAAACAACUUGCUGAGAGCAACAAAACGUACAUCCAACGAAGGUUCCGUGAGAUCCCAUGAAGAUUUACGAUACAUUCCUCGUGAUAACAAGACUUCUAACCACGGCAUUCACAGAGCAGAUGAAAACAGAGCCUCCUCCAUCUCCUCAUCCUCCUCCAUUUCCUCUUUCCCCUCCCCUGUCUCCUCUUCCAGUAACUCAACUUUCAACGUUCAGCCGGAGAUGGAAACUCCUGAGAAACAUCAGGUCAGCGACUUCAGGGAAACGAAUUCAAUGGAUGCGAACGACCCUCACAUGUCCCGAGGCUAUGACACUUCAAGACUCGACAUCCCUGACGAUGACAUUGAGACUCGCAUGGAUAUUCCUGACCGGUGUUGUGGCAGUAAAAUACCACUUGACCUGGAUAAUGCCAUCGCCAUAGGUGGUCUCAGUAGGGUGUCCUCUGCUGGCUCCUUUAAGGUGGUGGAGAUACCAGCUGUGGACACUGACCACUACCCACCAGUGCACGUAAGGGAUCUACGAGUCGAGCCUCUCAACCCCUUCACCAUCUCUCUCACCUGGACCACCCCAGGGGACGACCUUGACUACGGCACAGCUUCUGACUAUGUCAUCCGCCUGAGUGACGACAGGAAUGAUCUUCAAGAGUCACAGUUUGACCAAGCGCCUGAGAGGACGCUGUUGAGUACGUCAGAGUACUUGAGAGCGGCAGACGUGUACCAGGUUGCAGGGACGGAGGUGAGGGUGGGUAUCCCACUGCAAGUGGAGCUGCAGAAGGGCAACGUCUACUACGUGGCUCUCAGAGCCGUAGAUGACCAUGGAAACACAAGCCCUGUGUCCAACCUGGCAAGAUUCUCUAUACCUCUUCCCUCACUAGAGUGGUUGAUGCCCUCUGAAAGGCAAGUGACUAUGGUGGAGGGCUCUGACGGAGACUCAGAAGCCGCAGCAGGUCAUCGAAUUCUUGGAGGUAGCGCAGGAGAGGGUCCCACAACGAUGCACACGGCUCAUGACGCCAGCUUGACGAGGUCUCCAGAGGAUCACAGUCGCUCUUCGCCAGAGUUCACCGAACCUAACGUGAAUGUGGCGGAACCAACUGAACCUAGCUCAGGUUUGCCAGAACCUACUGAACCUGUAUUUAUUGUUACGGAGCCUACUGAGCCCGGCCUCCGUGUGAGGGAACCUACUGAGCCUGGACUUCGCAUGACGGAACCUACCGAGCCUGGUCUACGUGUGAGGGAACCUACCGAGCCUGGUCUUCGUGUGAGGGAACCUACCGAGCCUGGUCUUCGUGUGAGGGAACCUACCGAGCCUGGUCUUCGCGUGAGAGAACCUACUGAGCCUGGUCUUCGUGUGAGGGAACCUACCGAGCCUGGUCUUCGCUUGAGGGAACCUACUGAGCCUGGUCUUCGCGUAAGGGAACCUACCGAACCUGGUCUUCGUGUGAGGGAAUCUACCGAGCCUGGUCUUCGUGUGAGGGAACCUACUGAGCCUGGUCUGCAUGUAAGGGAACCUACCGAGCCAGGUCUCCGAGUAGGUAGCAGAAGACAUUACUUGACUACAGAUGCUAGAAAUGCUCAUAGUCUUCCAGUGAUUACCGAGGAUUCCCAGAAUCGUGUGAGAGAGUCGGAGGAACGACAAACACAACAAGGAGGACGAGGCAAGAAGGAACGCAGGGACAAGAGCAAAAAGACGAAGAAAACCAAGAGGAAAGAUGGGAAGAAGCAAAAGAGGCAAAGAGGAAGCAGAAACCAAGAGGACUCGUCAGCCAUCUCUCAUGCCAGCAACACGAACCCAUACGAGGGCAACGAGUGCUUCCUGGAGGAGGUAGAGGACCCCGGCCCUGUGAGUCUGUGUGACGCACGCUACUCCCUCACCAUCGUCAUCUCCUACUUCGAGCAGAACGCCGAUUACCAGCACUUAGACUACCUGUCAGCCGCCAUGCACUCCCUGGAGCAGAAGACUCGCCCGCUGUGGCAGAAGGAGCGACGAAACCGAAGGAGACGUAGGAGGGGCUGGAAGAGCAGCCCACCUGUCAACCUUCCCAAAAGCUAGGCGCUAAAAUAAUUAUUAAAGUCGCUGGCGUUGUUAUGACAUGUUAUUCCCGUGCUGAGUGUUAAGGUUGGGAUUACCGUAAGUUAUAUUAGUGUUUUUUUUUUCUCUCUUCUAGCCUAGUUAAGGAUUCUUCCGAACAUUCAGACUCUAAGUUAUUAUUUAAUAUCUAAACAGUCUUAUCACUGCAAAAUAAAACUUCCAGUAUAUGUGGCAGUUAUACUCUGAGGUUCGUCCAUCAAAUUAACUGUUCCUCUUACAAAUUAAUAUUCUCAGAGAAAUCCGAUAAUUCCUUUUCUUAUUGUUUUCGUUUUAUAAUACAAUACAAUUACAGGAACGUUGUCAUAUUUACCUUGAUUAAUGUGAUUUAUAAUAAAUUUUAGGAAAGAU